UUCACUCCCAAAAACAGAAGAAGACAAUGAAGAAGAAAAUGACAUACAACCAUUGCCAUGAAUGGUUUCUGCGGGUGCAUCCUUUCACAUCAAUGGCAAGUAAGCAGGCAAGGCGUAAGCCAGGUGGCGUUCCAUGUAAGGCUGAGUUGGUUCUGGCAAAACUUAAGGUCUACCCACCUCCAAAAAAUGAAGAUCUAAGAACUUACAUGUGAAAUUGGUUGUGUUUAUUGGAUCUACCGCUAGAUCUAGUCCUCCUCCAAUUUCUCUGUUCUUUCCCCUGUUGAUCAUUACAGCACAGAGGUCAGGAUCGAUUGUUGCAGACAAUCACAUGUUAGAGCUCUGGCUUCAAUAUCAGGCUGCUUGAUUCGCAGAGAUUUGGAUUCGUUGUAUGGAGCCAGAAUGAAGGACUGCUGCUACCAGGAGUGACUCACAUGAACUGAUUUUGGACCACUCGAUCUUUCUAGCAUUCUGGGAUGCCUUCCUUUGUGGGUUCUCAAGGAGCUGUUCUGGUCACGGCUGCGGCGGUCUCUGGCACGCUAAUUCUCUUGCUUUUACGUCCGAAGAGGACGGUGGAAGCUGAUCAGGCUGCGGAACGUCGGCCAUCGAUCUUCUCAGACAAGAAAGGGGGAAAGAAGACAAGGACGGUGAGAAAGGUACAGUUCGCCACAGACGUGGUGGAGCCAUCUGGGGACAAUGAAGGUUACAGGAGAAGCGGAAGAAGAAGGCACGACACUGUUGCUUUGAGAUUGGAACGUGAAGACCGACAAGGAUGCCAUAAAUCUGCUCCUACACGCCACGCAAGAGCUGGUGCAGCGUCGUACCAUGGCCGAAAGAUGCCGGAAAACCAGGUGGUUUUGUACAAUGGUAUUCUCAGAGAUCGACUUCAGAGAAUGGCUAGCAUGUAUUGACUUUCACUGGAGCGCCCUUUUCAAAUCUCUGAUCUCUCGAGAUGUGAUGUACAUAGAUCACAGCAUAAUUUUAUCCAUUUUGAAACGAGUUCAUUUGA